AUGCUUAAAGAUGAGCUUUUCGAUCCAGACGACGACGAAUUUAAUAAUUUCAACAACCCGAAUAGCUUCAAUACCAGCAGUAAUCAAUUAGCCGAAAUCGACUACUCAAAAAUUAAUCAGGAUUUAAUUGAAAACAAUCUACACGAUAUUAUAAAUAAAUACGCUACUGACUUUAUUUAUAAAUCUUAUCGUUCUUUCUUAAAUAAUAGCUCGGACUAUGCAGAUUUUGAUGACUUUUCUUCAAAUUUAAUCUCUGAUCAUAAUACCGAUUACAAAAUCCUUAAAAAUACUAUUGAUAAAUUUAUCAAAUUUAUAGAUUUAUCCUCCGCUCAACUAGAAAAGGAUGUGUCUCAUUUUAACACAAAAUUAGACGAUUUGAAAAUAAAGUUAGAAAAAAUAGAAGAACUACUCAUAAAAUCAAAAGCCCUUAAAAAGGAUGUUAUAACUUUUAAUAAAUAUAUCAACAAAUGCCAUUUGGCUAAAAAUGAAUGGCCAAACCGCUUAAAAAUUCUUAAUGAUGAAUGCAAUAAACUCCAAUUAGAACUCGAGAGUUCUAAAUCAAAAUUCAAUCAACUUAACGUUAUAUUAUCAAAAAAUAAUUUAUCAAUCGAAGACUUUCAGAAAAAAAUCAAUGAAAGAUCUGAUCUUGAAAAAGAUUUGAGUGACUUAAAAAUUCAAAAUUCUUCAACCUUGGAUAAUCUAAACUUAAAACAAUUGGCUUCAAAAAAAUUUUAUACCGAUUUAACUGAUUUAGUCAACCGUUUCAAUCAAAAACUUAAUAAAAUCUUAACCGACCUAAGAUUAUCUCUUCCCAAUGGUGAGUUCAUUAUUCAAAAUCUCGAUGAUUUAAUUAUAAAAGAUUUCAAAUUUGAUAAUAUCUUUUCUCUAAAAAAUUUAGAUGAAAAAUUGAAAAUUUUGAAAAAUAACCCUUAUUUAAAUCUAGACUUUAAAGAAAAACUUUAUAAACUAGGCUCAAAAUUGACUCUUGAAAUUGAAGAAACAGAAGAGAUUAUUAAUACCCUAAAAUCUCAAAUCAGUGAAUUAAAAGACAACAUUUCCUCAAAAAAAAAUGAAAAAAACACUCUAGAAAUGGAAAUUACUAAUGACAAACUUUCACUAGAAUCCCUAAAAACUAAACAAACUAAAGAAAAUGAUAACGCAAAAAAAAAACUAAAUGAAUUAACUUUACAAAUUGAAGAAUUAAAGGAAUCUGCAAAUCAAAAUAAUAUAGAAUUCGAUAUUAAUGUUCUUGAAUCAAAAAAAAAAUUAUUCGAUAAUAAGAGUGAAGAUGUAGCAAGAAAAUUACAUGAAGAUGUUAAUCAUUUUGUUCAAUUUCUCAUUAACUUUAAAGAAAACAUUUUCAAUGAUUUGGAAAAAUUAAAUUCUUCAAUUGAGGAAGCCUCUAAAAUUGAUAUAUCCAAUUUUUAG